AUUGCAGUUUUGAUACUUGUUGGAUACUUUUUUUUGGCUGGAGAGUUUCAUUACAACUCUCCAGUCAUCUCUCUCUCUCACCGCGGGGUGUGUUGCACUGUUUUGAACCUGUUUGAGCUGUGAUUUUAUUGGACACGCUGGUGUGAAUUCGGUCCACGCUGGAGUCCCGCCUCUGCUGCGCGCUGCCGCCGCCGCUGCGCCCUAAAGCGCAACAAGCGCAACGGCGCAGCGUGGAGAGCGGAGACAGGCAGCCGAGGUCCUGCCAGCUCCAGCCAGCGCCAUGAUCCAGGAGAAAGGAUGAGCUCCAGGUGUAAAGACGAUCUGCCCCCCAGCACUUCCAGCGGCAGCAGCAACAGCAUGAUGUUUGCGCUGAACGAUUCCAGCCCUUUGCGCGACGGAAAGGGCAACAGCAGCGCCAACUGUGGAUCCGUGUCCGUCGCCUUCCCCAUAACCAUGAUGGUGACGGGCAUGGUGGGCAAUUUCCUCGCUAUUAUACUGGUUUACAGCGCGUACAGGAAAAAGGAGAACAAGCGAAAGCAGUCGUUCCUGCUGUGCGUCGGUUCCCUGGCGCUCACGGACCUCUUCGGGCAGCUGCUCACCAGUCCCAUCGUGAUCUCCGUGUACAGAGCGGGGCUGGUGUGGGACCACGUGGAUCCCUCCGGGACUUUGUGCCCUUUCUUCGGGGUGUGCAUGACCACGUUCGGCCUGUGCUCGCUCUUCAUGGCCAGCGCCAUGGCCAUCGAGAGGGCUCUGGCCAUCACAGCUCCACACUGGUACUCCAACAACAUGAAGACCAACGUGACCAAGCAGGUGCUCGUCACGGUCUGGUGCAUGGUGCUGGUGUUCGCGCUCCUGCCCAUCGCCGGAGUUGGGAAGUACACCCUCCAGUGGCCGGGCACGUGGUGCUUCAUAAGCACCGGGGACGUAGAUGUAACGGGAAACACGUUUUUCGCCAUCACCUUCGCCGCGCUCGGCUCCUUUUCCCUGCUGGUCACUUUCUUCUGCAACGUGGUCACCAUACGCGCACUGGUUACGCGCUGCAAGUCCAAACCCAGCGCCUCCCAGUCCUCCAAACAGUGGGAGAGACUCACCACAGAGACCGUCAUCCAGCUGCUGGGGAUCAUGUGCGUCCUGUUCACCUGCUGGUCUCCUUUACUGAUUCUAAUGUUGAAGAUGAUCUCCACCCAUACAUCUUCCCAUCAGUGCAAACAGUUAUCUGCUUCUCAACCACCCGGUCUGCAAAUGGACUGUAACUUCUUCCUGACAGCCAUACGCCUGGCCUCUCUCAAUCAAAUUCUGGACCCUUGGGUUUACCUGCUCCUGAGGGAGAUCCUGCUGAGGAAAUUCUGCCAGGUUGCCAACGCAGUGUCCAACUGCUCACUGGAAGGACAGAAGGAAACUCAGAAAGAGACAGUUUUGGACACCGCGAAGAAGCAGGCCAUCGAGAACGAUGAGAGUCCUCUUGCCCCUAGUGGAAGUGCACAGGCGUGACUGAAGUUAUUUAUUUAAUGAUAUUUAAACAUAUAAGUUCUAUUUUAAAAAGGGCAGCGGGAUGCGUAAGAUGAAUCUCAUUCUAAUAGACUCUGACAUUUCGGACAUGCACUCGGCUCUCGUUGACAGGACUUGUGAGAGCUGAGUGAGCUCAGCAUGCUAGCAUGCGAACACUUGACUCUUUUUAGCAGCCCGAACUGACCUGGCAUUUGUAAGCGUGGUUGCUAAUUACCGUCCUUUGAAGCUAAAACACUGCAGUGAGGAAAACACAACAGCCAAAAACACUGCAGAGCAAUAUUGAAGAAAAAUGGAUUUGGGAUUUUCGAAGGAAAUUCGUAGUGUUUUUCAUUAAACAGCAGCUUAAUUGUGAAUGUGUUCACAGCAUUGCACUUUGUGUGCCAACUCAACUUUGAACUUGGAAAUGAAUGCUUCUAUUUAAGGUCUUAGAAACAGACUGCGUCCCAAUUGCGUGCUAAACACUAAUAUACUAUAAGGUAUAUACUUCAUACUAAUCUUAAUAGAGCAGGUUUGAUAGGUUAUUACACUAUACUACAUACAUACUAAAUACAGCAUACUCAAAAACAAUAUUUAGUGUUAAUAAUUAGUAUGCAAUUGGGAUGUGCCCAGAGAAUAACAUACUUUACAAUAAUGUAAAUUAAGUUUCUUUGCUUCAAAGCACUGGAUGGUCUCAUAAAUUUGAAGUUGUAUCUGCUACAAUUGCAUAGACAGAAAUGCAAAUGUAACGUUGUUUCAAGACUGUUAUGAUGAGGCUGAAAGAGUAAAGCCAGCCUGAAGUUCUUCAUGCAAUGUCCUCAGUGUGCUGUGCUCAGCCUACUAAACUCUGUGAAUGCAUGAUAAGCUUGAGAGGUACUUGACUCGCUGUCAUGUUUGCAUGCAAUGCUAGCCUUCAUUGCUUUAUUUCUGGUUAGGGAAUGCAGUUAACCACUGCACAACCCCACUUGGUACACCAUAACUCGGCCAGUAAUGCUCUGUUUGCCCCUGAAGCCGUCCUAUCUUGGUCACAAAAUGUAACACCCUUAUCUGUCUGUGCCACACAUUGCAAUAUCAGGGAGUAUUUUUUCGAGUACACAUGUGACUCAAACCAGUAUGAACACUCACGUGUAGUUUGACGUCCAAUGUACUGAAAGAUAAACUCCUCCUAAAAAAGUUAGUAGUCAGCAGUUACUAACCUAUGAAUCUUCUGAAUCACAGACGCUAUUUACACCUGGACACUUCAUGCGACUAUUAUCUGGAUUGUAUCCUGAUAAGAUUUUGACAACCUGCAUUUACAAAUGGUAAAAUGCAUUUUUGGUUAAUCAGACUAAAACUUGAUUGCUGUGUGGGAUGAAAUACACUGUAUUGCCACGAGUGCUGGGCGAUUAUGGCCUAAAAAAUAAUCUUAGAUUUAUUAUAAUUUUUUUUUUUUUUUACAAAAAAUCUGAUUUUCGAUUAAAAUAGAUUUUUUCCCUUCUUACUACAUUACAUUACAUUACAUUACAUUUGGCAGACGCUUUUGUCCAAAUCGACUUACAAUAGUGAAGUACAAAAGUAAUAGAAGUUAAAGGUAAAAAUAUCUUUAGAUAGGGCCUAAAGGAGGUCAAAGGGAAAUAAUGGGAUAGAGAAGUGAAGGAGGGGAAGAAGGAAAUGGGGUUAGAAGUAGUUAGUGUGUUAGAGGUGUUAGGAGAGUAAGUGCUCUUUGAAGAGCUCUGCCUUCAGAAGUUUCUUAAAGAUAGCGAGAGAUUCUCCUGAUCUGGUACUAAAAAUAAAAAAAAAACUACAGAUGACAAAGAAAUGGUUAAAAACUAGGUUUACCUGUAAAAAUAUUUAAAUAUGUUUGGUGUUCAGAGGCUUUGGGUUGAGUCGACUCACUGAGUCUCACUGCGAGAGACGCCGGUAACAAGGGUAAGGUGGAGAAACACUUUAGGAAUGACUAGGGUUCUCGGAUAUUUAAGAUUAAAAAGAUCAAGGGUCUGUAUGUAAAAUCGCGUAAAAUUACUCCAUUUUGAAAAUCGCAUUAAAACUGUAAUUCGAAUUAAUCUAAUGAAUUGUCAAAAUCGCCCAGCACUACCACGAGUAUUUGCUUACCCAUGCAAAUCAUUGAACCUGGGUUCCAAUCACUUCUAUGGCCACAGGUUAAACCAAGAUAAAACCAAGCACCUGGAUAUGCAGACUGAUUUUACAAACAUUAGAGAAAGAGUGGGUCGUUUUCAGAAGCUCAGUGAAUUCCAGUGUGGCACCGUGAUAGGUUGCAGCACCUGUGCAGCAAGUCUAGUCGUGAAAUUUCCUCCUUACUAAAUAUGCCACAGCCAACUGUCAUUGAUAUUAUAACUAAAUGAAACAGACUGUGAAUGAAAGAAACUCUCUGUUAACGUAAAAUGACAAACGUCAUGAAGAAUUCAGAUUAGCUUAAGAACAGUAGAGCUUAGAGAGCUUCAUGGGAUGGGUUUCUAUGGCCAAGCAGCUCCAUCAAGCCUUAUAUCACCAAACACUUGUGGCAAUAUAACACAUGUGAAUGCACUUAUUGUGUUUCUGUUGUUCUGGACAGAUGUUUGGUUAUCAAACACAAACACACAGAGCUCAAGUGCUUCUCAGACAACCUCCUGAAGUGGUUUGAUCGAUCAGAUUAGAGUUUGUUUUAAAUGCACCAAUGGUGUACUUAUACUUGCAGUUGUAUGCUGUUUGGCAUUAUCCACAAUUAGUAUUGGUAAAUGACCUUAAAGUAAAAGUGUUAUAUUUAUUAUUAAUCAUAUUACCAGUAUUAAUUUACCACUAUUAGUGUUUGUUCAAGACUAGAAAAUUUACUGUGCAGAUAUAGUGCAGAUACUCAAGACAGAUGAUGAAGUGACCAGGUGUAAACAGGAUAUACUUGAGUUCAUAUUGUACCUAGCAACCCCCCAAAAAGUGCCUUAUUUCAUAUCAGUUAUCAGUUAUUACCAGCAAGACUGUGCUCAACUCUUAUUGCAGUUGCUAUUAAUCAGCAUUUAAACAUUUUGUCUGCAGGAGACAAGUGUUGUGCCUUUUGAUCUCAGAGAAUUUGUAUUACAGGUAAUGUAAAAAAAAAAGAAAA